AUGUUGCAUAAUGCUUUACGAGAUAACAUCUUUGUUUUAAAAGUGUUUGCAAUAUCUGUGUUCUUCUGCUCACUAGUAAUUGUGCUAACAAUAUUCGGACUUUAUGUGCUGUUCUAUUCUGACACUACGGAAGGGAUACCCGCUCAUAGCGUGUUGGUGCAUGCGAUUAAGAUUUAUCACACGAAUCGUAAUCUUGCUAAAAUCGUCGACUCUGUGCAGGAAAAUCUGGAAUGUUGUGGCAUAUCGUCUGCCGCUCAGGGAUAUCGAGAUUGGAAUCUCAGUUAUCAGUUCAACUGUGCGAUAGCUAAUCCGCAACCGGAGGAAUGCGCGGUUGCUUUAUCGAAUCCGUUGCUGCCUACCAUGCGAUCGUUGGAAUGCUGGCAGAAUACGUUGAAAAAACGACAUCAGGAUCUCGAACACGAUAUCUUCACUAGCGGAUGCCUUCGGCCACUUUGA